CCAGGCGGCGCUCCAGCUGGCGGAAGGGGAGCUGCUAGCCCCAGCCCAGAUCCUACCUACCCAGUCUGUCAGCUAGGAAACCAGGGAGUGGAGUAGCAGCAGCAGCAGCAGCAGCAGCAGCAGAGGAAAAGGCGGAGGGAGGGAGCAAAGAAGGAAAGGGAGGGGAAGGAAGGAGGGGAAAGAGAAGAGAGAAAAAGGAGGUGGCUGGAGGAGGAGACAGCAGGGGGAAAGGUGUCAGAUAAAGGAGGAUUUUUUCUGGUUUUAAGACAUCAUGGCCGCUAAAUCAGACGGGAGGCUAAAAAUGAAGAAGAGCAGCGACGUGGCAUUCACCCCGCUGCAAAAUUCGGACCACUCAGGUUCGGUGCAAGGAUUGGCUCCGGUAUUGCCGUCGGGGUCUGGAGCGGAGGACGAAGAGGCUGCCGGAGGUGGCUGCUGUACGGACGGUGGUGGUGGCGGCUGCUCCCGGUGCUGUUGCUGCGGCGGCGGCAGCAAUAGCUCGGGCGGCGGCUCGGGGGUCUCUGGCGGCGGCGGUGGGGGGGGCUCCUCCUCGUUGUGCCUGCGUUUAGGCAGGGAACAGCAACGCUACUCACUGUGGGACUGCCUCUGGAUUCUGGCCGCUGUAGCUGUGUACUUCGCGGAUGUAGGUACAGACAUCUGGCUGGCAGUGGACUACUACCUGAGGGGCCAGCGCUGGUGGUUUGGACUUACCCUCUUUUUCGUGGUGUUGGGUUCCCUCUCCGUGCAGGUGUUCAGCUUCCGCUGGUUUGUGCACGAUUUCAGUGCUGAGGACAGUUCCACGAGCGCUUCAACUGCAACAGCAGCCGUUGCUUCCUCUUCCUCUAGCUGUCCACAGCCUGCAACCGACUGCAAGACGGUGGUCAGCAGUGGGUCUGCAGUUGGAGAAGGAGAUGCUCGUCCUUCAACACCGCAAAGGCAAGCUUCAAAUGCCAGCAAAAGCUAUACCAACACCAGCAGCAGCAACAGCAGCAGUGCCACUCGGGCCAGCGGCAAGAACAGGUCUGCGUCCUGUUCGUUCUGCAUCUGGCUCCUGCAGUCACUCAUCCACAUCUUGCAGCUCGGGCAAAUCUGGAGAUAUUUCCACACCAUAUACUUAGGUAUCCGAAGCCGCCGGAGUGGGGAGAAUGACAGAUGGCGGUUCUACUGGAAGAUGGUGUAUGAGUAUGCAGAUGUGAGUAUGCUGCAUUUGCUAGCCACCUUUCUGGAGAGUGCUCCGCAACUGGUCCUGCAACUCUGCAUAGUCGUUCAGACUCAUACCUUGCAGGCCCUCCAAGGUCUCACCGCUGCCGCCUCCCUUGUUUCCUUGGCUUGGGCUUUGGCUUCCUACCAGAAAGCCCUUCGGGAUUCCCGCGAUGAUAAGAAACCCAUUAGCUACAUGGCUGUCAUCAUUCAGUUUUGCUGGCAUUUCUUCACCAUCGCAGCAAGGGUCAUCACUUUCGCCCUCUUUGCCUCUGUUUUCCAGCUCUACUUUGGGAUCUUCAUCGUCCUUCACUGGUGCAUCAUGACCUUCUGGAUCGUCCACUGUGAGACAGAAUUCUGCAUCACAAAAUGGGAGGAAAUUGUCUUCGACAUGGUGGUCGGAAUCAUCUACAUCUUUAGCUGGUUCAAUGUGAAGGAAGGCAGGACACGUUGCCGGCUCUUCAUUUACUAUUUUGUGAUUCUUUUAGAAAAUACCGCCUUGAGUGCCCUUUGGUACCUGUAUAAGGCUCCCCAGAUUGCAGAUGCAUUUGCUAUACCAGCACUGUGUGUGGUAUUCAGCAGCUUUUUAACGGGCAUUGUUUUUAUGUUGAUGUAUUAUGCCUUCUUUCACCCCAAUGGACCCCGUUUUGGGCAGUCACCAAGCUGUGCUUGUGAGGACCCGGUAGCAGCCUUCACUCUGCCUCCAGAAGUGGCCACAAGCACUCUAAGGUCCAUUUCCAAUAAUCGCAGCGUUGCCAGUGAUCGGGAUCAGAAGUUUGCAGAGCGGGAUGGGUGUGUGCCUGUGUUUCAGGUGAGGCCGACUGCCCCUUCCACCCCAUCCUCCCGACCACCAAGGAUUGAAGAAUCAGUCAUUAAAAUUGAUCUGUUCAGGAAUAGAUACCCAGCCUGGGAGAGACACGUGUUGGACAGAAGCCUACGAAAGGCCAUCUUAGCUUUUGAAUGUUCCCCUACUCCUCCAAGGUUACAGUACAAAGACGAUGCCCUUAUUCAGGAGCGACUGGAGUACGAAACUACUUUGUAGAAAACUGAAAAGUUUUGAAGGAGCCAUGACGUUACAGUCCAGAUUAAGGGUUGACAGUAGGGCUGUGGCAAUAACUAUACUCUAUUAUAGAGUAGAGCAAGGAGCUGUAAAGGUCUUAGUCUGGCUAUCAUCAUGAUUAUCAUUUGAUCCACAAGCUGCAGACUGGCAGCUAUAAUACCCUUUUCAGAGAAGCACCCCCUGAGAGUCUCAGUUCCUUUACCUGGGGAGCAGAUCCCCAGCUCUUGACUCCUUGUUCCUAUCAAACUCCUGCCAGAGCUUUCAGUCAAAACUAUAGGAGGAUUUUGAUGUGUACAUGCUGCCUCCAAUUAACAGGGCAUUUUAAUGGGGCUGCCUGAUCUUUGCAUAAAAACAUAUUCAAUCAUGAUUUAUACAACAUGCAUACACACACACAUACAAUCUUCUGUCAAAAUGACUUAGGUAGUUUGUCAUAUAAAAUUCUGUUUUCUUGCAGGAACAAAAUGAGAAAAUUAUUUCCUCAAGAAUCCAGAAAAAGAAACUUUUUUUUAAAAUUGGUAAAUAUUUUCUCAUUUGGGAAAAAUGUAUGUCAGCCUACCAGUGGACAGCAAAUGAAAGUGCACUUGUACAAGUGUUAAUAUUGAUGGAAUGGUUAGUUUUCUAUGAAAUUCAGGAUUUAUUUUCACUAAAAUUUUCAGUUGACAGCAUCCUUUUUGACAGAAAUUCUAUGCAGCACAUUUUUGGCUUUCAACAAGACCAAGGAGCUCUAAGAACUUAGUGAUGUAAAUUAAAUGAUAAUCAUGAUUCAGUAUUUAAUUGCAAAAAGAGAGAGGAAAAAAGCAAGAGAGAGUAUAAAAGGAAGGAAGGAAGGAAAAAAUGGCAAAAUCUAAGGAUGGGUUUUCCAGGCUUCUGGAGACCAUGUUUUUUUCGUUGUGAGGGGACAAGCAUCUGGAGAUUAAAAUGUCGUAACUUGAAUUUGUUUCAGGACACAAUGCAUGGCUCUGUGUGUGAAUGUAUGCAGGUACAGUGCAAUGAGAGUACGUGACAUGCCAUACCCUUCUAGUGCCAAACAUUGUUGAACUACAAGAUUGAUACCAAUGCCCAAGGGACAGACCCUGAAUAGCACGAGCCCUACAGAAAGCAGGAAGCAAGGAAGAACAGUCAAGUUCUCCACGUGUACAGACAGUUUGGUUUAUCUUUACCCCCAACUCAAGUUGAAAGUGAUGUGUCUUUUAGAGGCUUUGGGCCACUCAUUAGUAAGUAUGAGCAGACAAACCAAUGAAAUAAGUGAUGGGGAAAGCCCUUUCGAACUUCUGGAAGGUUUAUCUCUUUAUCUAGCUAACAAUAUGUUUGAAUUGUUUGUACAAAAAAAAAUAAGAUUCUGGGUUUAAAAUACCUCCCUACAGCAAGUAAAUGUUCUCCCUUUUUUUUGUUGGAAAUGUUCUCCCUCAUGGUGCUUUUGGUUGCAUUAAAGGUGCAGGUCAAAUUUUAAUAGUAUUUUUUUUUUAUAGCUGGUGCAGAGUGGAAUAACUCAUGGAUUAUUUCGAUAUUUUUGUAAUGAAAAAAUGUAUGUUACAUAUAGAAGAUGUUUCCUUUUUAUAGGACUGGACUCUUUUAAAGCAUCCUAUGCUUUUUAGUUAUUUGGGAAGUCAGAAAGGGGUCCAAGUGUCCCAUUAGCUUGCUCUUCAGAUGUAAAAAAAAAGAUAUUUUUCUCCUAUAAGAUCACCUUGCUUUCUAGCACUGGAGUUCCAAGAGUUUAGCUAUGGGUUGUUUUGUUUUGGGUUUUUUGUUUUGUUUUGUUUUGUUUUCAAAUAUCAGGUGAAGAAGAAAUUAGAAUCAAAAUAUAAAUGGUUUGCAAGAAUUAGAAGCUUUCCAAGGAAGCAAUUUUUUUCAUGGCUAUUUCCAUUCAGUUCAUAAAUUUUGAGCUGAAAAGGAUGUUAUAAAUCAUCUGGUCCAGUGUCUUCAUUUUGGAAAUUAAGGAUCAGAAAAAUGAAGUGAUUUACCUAUCAUAGAGAUAAUUAGUAGUGACCAGGAUUUGAGACAAUAGCAGAAAAUGCACUAAUUUUCAAUAUUCACAUUUCAGUUUCACUAAGUGAAUUGAAUUCAACUAAAUAAUUAAUUUGCUUUUUAAAAAUCAGUUUAUCUGUUUGACCCAAAAUCCCUUUAAAAUGACCAAACAGUUAUGCACAUAGCUAGUCUGUCCACAAUCUAUCACUGUUAAUGUCAGUAUUUUAACCUUUUCCCAAUAGGUAUGUUAUACAGUGACUGUUAUCCCUACAAUGAUAUUUACAAAAUGACAGGGUUCCUACUAGACCAGGGUUUUUUGUAUUUAAUUCAAAAGCCAUUUUUAAUAAUAAACAAUUUUUAUCAAUAAAACUUCAUCUUUUCCUAGUACCUACAGGACUUAUUCCUCCAAGAAAUAGCUCUGCUAGAGAAUAAUCACAUGUGUAGGUGUGAUGAGAUAACUGGGCUUACCAGGAAAAAUCAAGAAGAUGCUAUUUUCCAGCAGCUGGUAAACAUUUAGGGAUAAGUGUUCCACCCCAGCCACUCAUUUCUAUAAUAUUUUAAGAUAAAAUUAGCAUAUCAGCUGAUAUGUCCCCUCUGGGUAUUUCAGACUCUAAAUUUUAAUGUGAGUGAAUUCAGCUUGAAGAAUUAUGAAUCACAAAUGUAAUUUUUCUACCAAAAACACAAAACUAGCAAUUUUUAAGAAAGAAUCCAACAUUUUAGUGCUAUGUCUUUGAUGUCAUGAAUACAUAUCAGGAUUAGAUAUGAUUGUGUUAAUCACCACAAACCACGAACAAACAUAAUCAUUUAUUAUUAGUCAUAUCAAAGCAGUGUAACAGCAUGAAUCUUGUCCUAGAAGGGACCUCAAAGACCAUCAUGUCCAACAAUCAUUUUAUGAUUGAGGAAAUGGAGAUCUAAGGUUAAAUGACUUGCCAAAAGUCACAUAGCAUCACAAGUAACUUUCAGAAUAUUCAACUCACUCAUUGAUUUUCUUGUAGUAAAAACAAAAUGACAGUGCUGUUAUAAAAAGAAUACUAUAUAACUGGAAUGUGAUUGGAGAGAUCAAGAAGCUAUGUUACAGAAAAAAAUAUUUUUUCAUGAAUUAUUAAAGGUGGUAGGCUCUCUGUUUUCCAUCAUGUUCUGAAAAAGGCUGUCAUAUUCUAAUUAUAGAUCUUAUUAUUUUGAGAAUUAAUGAUUUCUAUAAUAUUAAUUAUAUUAUAGCAGUUAACAAUUGCUAUAUAUACCACAUCACUCCUUUUUGAAAAUUUCAAAGACAAUGUAAUUAGAACUUAAAACCAUAUAAAAUGUAAUUUGAUCUUUUUUGACAAGACACAAAAAAACACGCAAAGCUCAGGGUCAUUAUUACAAAAUCAGACAUUGGUAUAGAAAUAUUAAUUGAUAGAAUUUUGGAUGAUAAAAGGGUCUUCUGUAUUUGGGUUUAAAGAGAUUUGUCAAUUUAUAAAAGUGCAAAAUAUGAUUUAUAUAAGUAUAUUAUUUUUUGAUAAUUUAUUUUCAAUCUUCUAGUAGUUUCCUAAAAGACAUUUCUUUAAAAUCUAGGAAUGGGAUAAUAUGUAAUGCAUUAGAUUUGAACACUAGCUUGAAAGUGUUUGGAAAGCUAACAUUUUUAUUAGUGAUCACUGAACUCCUAAUGCUUUGGGUUCAUCUUUAUUCUUAUUUUCCUCUCUUCAAAGGAGGGUUCUACAUAGUACUCACUUACAGAAUAUGAUGAAAUUCUUUGAUGAAAAUUUGUUAUAAGGUUUACCUUAUUGAUGAAAUGAAACACAUAAAAUCUCAAUCAAAAAUGUAAUGACCAUAUACUAAGUUUUAACACUGGCCAAAAGUUUGUCAACAGCAGAGAGGUUUGUUUUUUUUUUUUUUUCUCCUAAAUGUUAAGUCUUAAAUAUGAUAGUGUUCUUUAAACCAUCUUCAUACAUUAUGCUUUGUCCUUAACAUGGAAUAUCUAGUAUGACUCUCUAGGCAUUCAGUAAAUAUUUGUCAUUGAUAAUGCUGUUCAGUCACCAUAUGAAAUAAAUGUUUUCCCAGAUUACUAUAA